AUGGACAUUCUCUGGGAAUCGUUGGCAGAAACCACCGGCAGCUUUUGGAGGAUGGUUUUCCCCGAGCCCGCAUCCGACAGUGGCCAAUGGCGUCAAACGUUCGAAAGGAUCAAGAGCGGUCACGACGACGCGUAUUCAACGAUCGAUCGAGCGAUCAAGUUAGAGGAACACGAACGCCCCGAUCUGGCUCUGCAGGCGUACAAAGAUGGCAUCCAACGUAUCGAUGAAACGCUCGCACUUCCGGUCGAAGUGCCCGAGCUCGGAGUACAGGCUCAGCAGGCCGACGAUAGUUGGCAACAGGCGAUCGGCAUGAUCCACAAGCUGAAGCGAACGAGGGCUGAGGUAUUGCAGCGGAUCGGGCAACUCGGAGGAUCAACCACGAGCAAUGACGCAGUCCCGCAGCGACCCUGGACGUACACGGAACUUUCGAUGGCCUUGCGCGAGAUGUCAGAGGAUCCGGAACAAUCGACGGACGAGGCGCAAGCAUCCCGAUUAGAUCUGUUGUUCUCCUGCGAUGGCGUGCAGGUGUACUACAUCGAACCGGACGGUGUCGUCAGUCGAACGAUGGCCGACUCCACGCUCCGUAUCGUACGCAUCGAAGCCGAUGAACGUCGACAGCUGCAGGCGACCGUGUUCUUGCAGGUCAUCGAAACGCGGUCAGCAACACGCAUUGAAAACGCCGAGGAACCGCUCGAACAUCCCCUGGAGGAACCACUCGAGAGGCCUUGCGCUGUUGGGGAUACACUUUUGCCAGUGGAAGAACAGCAGGAAGUUGCCAUCGCGACUCACGAGGAGGAACGACCCGCGUUCCUGAUUUACCCGCUCAUUGCAGGUGUAUCGCCGUUCUAUCGGACGGACUAUGGAGCGUUUAUACUACCGGAUUUGGUGUCUCAGGGUGCGGGUGAGGAACGUGGCCGCGCGAUCGGAUUGGUCGUACCUCCCGAGGCCGAUGAGGUCGUGCUGGAGAUUUUGGUCGCGUUGCUGCACGGAAUGGUUCCGCAACCGUCCACAGUUCCUCGGGUCGCGAAACGGUCACUACUUCCCGACUCAACGACCGUCUCGGCGGGCAUCAUUAAGGGUGCCUUUUACGUCUCACAAGGGCUUAUUCGGGGAGCCGAGCAAACGGGUCGUCUCAUCGCCACUGGCACACCGUACGUCAUCUCUAAGCUUGGCCAGAAACAACCUUCCGGCCAGCAGGAAUCAACCCCGGAUACGACCGUCCACGUGCCGAAGAACGUACGCACCGGUAUCGAGAUCGCGAAGAGUGUCACCGGUACGGCGGCCGGUGUAACGAGCUACGUGGCAGGGAAAGUCGGCUCGGCGACGAUGGCUCUCGGACGAUUCCUUGCACCCCACAUCCAGCGACAUGGCAGUGCUCUGCUAGCGUACGGCACCGGCAUGACGGAACAAGCCGCAUCGGAGCGAAUGAACGGUGCCCUGACAAUCUGUGCGGGUGCCGUCGAAGGUUUCGGAACCGUGUACGAGGGUCUGGAGCGAUCAGCUUCCAUCCUGGGACAGAGCCUGAGUGCUAGUACCGUCCAGAUCGUAGAACAUCGGUACGGGACCGAAGCGGGUCUAGUCGUCGGCAGCUCGCUCGAUACGGUUGGAAAUGUGAUCAACGUGAGCCAAAACAUGAACUACAUGACGCCCAAAGGGCUGGCCAAGCGGACGGCGAAGAACGCGGGCAAAGCUCUGGUGGCCGGCUAUCGCCCGACAUUGCCGGAGCUGGACGGUGCCGGAAGUGGAUCGACGAGCGGCCUUGUACCGUCGGCGGAAGCUUUGAGCGGGCGCGAUCAAAGGACGGUUCCAGCGGGCCUACUCUACCCGGACCUGCAAGGAUUGGCCAAGGAAGUGCGCCAAAAGGACGGCCUCGAUUGA